AUGACGAGAAAGGUGGGAGCCCGAAAUCUUGGCGCGGUGCAGCAUGCGGACAAUGUACGACAGCGACCCGCAGAUACAGCAGACUCGUCAACAACAACAGCAGCAGCACCGCUCCUUGGUCGUGGACAACCACCGUGCAGGACAUGGUUCCAGGCAUUAAAUUGGGGCAACGAAGAGCUCAGCUUCAACGCCAGCAGUGUCAGGGGUGACAGCGAGAAUGACGCGACGGCUGGGACUAGCAGUAGCUCAAUGUUAGUGCAGCACGUUCCACUGGUGGCACGGACAUCAAUAGAGAUGGCGGUGGUUCCGUCGAAUACUUCGAGCCGACCUCCAGCGCGAAACGUGGCUACAAGUUUAGCCACACAGUGUCACCGGAUACAUGGGAUAGAGCAAUGGAGAGCAGAUGCUCCACAGCAGGAAAAGAAUCUACACGCCGCUACCAACAUUUACGGUGUGCACUUUGCAGCUCUCCAUCGCCGCGUGAAAAAGCGUGCGCAGGUAGGACAUUCGUCCAAGGGCGCCAAUGGCUACUUUUUCAGAGCGAUGAGGUCGGAAUUAUUGGUUAAUGUGACUGCGUUGCGCAAGCUUUCGGACAUCUUGGUGGCGAAUGCGCGCGAGCUGAUGCUGUUCAUGAAUUUACAGCGGGCAAGCGGGAGUGCGAUACUUGAUGUUAGUGCUUCAGUACCCAUUGUUAUUCUUGUUCCAGUCGUGGUUGAAGCAAAUAGAGCCAGGAAGGUGAAGAAAUGUUCGUGGGCCAUUGCGGGAACGCACUUUCAACUAAUUUGA